UUUGAGUCAACAAGAAUGUUUUUUUCAACGUCUUUAUCCUCAUCAUCACAUUAUCGGCAAGAAAACUUGUGUAAACUCUGAUUCAUCAUCUUUUGUAACAACAUUGAGUCAGCUCUUUUCUUGACACCUUUCCCUGAUAGAUUUUUUGAGCUUUUGAGCGUUGUUUUGACUCUUGACCAUCUCUUCCAAAUCACCCCAAGAAUCAGGGGUUGAGCUAUCAAACACACCUGACAACCACAACCAGCAAACGAUUUCGGCUUCAAGAAUCGAUAUUGCAUCAUUGUCACAUCUUCAAUUCGAAACAAUCUCUACACAAUGGGAUCUUACAUUCGACCUUCGCUUAAGAUCGCUGCCGCCACCACUGUUGGGGCUGGUCUGGCUUAUAGCGGAUAUAAACACUGGCAGUCGACACAUUUCUUCUUCAAUCAAGUACAUGCUGAAUCACUACCUUCUGAUUCAAAAGCGGCGUUGAAGAAAAUGGAGUGGAAGGGAUUCACCGAGCUGAAGCUCCUCAGCGCCGAGCAGUACAAUCAUAAUGUCAAGAAAUUGACAUUUGCCCUACCUGACGACCAAACCGUCACUGGCGUUUCUCCCAUCACAUCUCUUUUGACCAGACAUACUCCUGAAGGCGCCUGGAUCCCAGUCUUCCGACCAUACACCCCAGUCAGUGACAACGAUCUACCAGGAACUGUCACUUUCAUGGUCAAGAAAUACCCCAAUGGCAAGGGAUCCGGCAAAAUGCACUCGCUGAAACCCGGUGACUCAAUGAAGUUCAAACCCCUGCACGAGUUUGACUACAAGCCAAAUCAAUUCAGCAGCCUGACUUUGAUUGCUGGCGGAUCAGGAAUUACCCCCAUCUACCAAUUGACACGUGCCAUUCUCAACAACCCCGAAGACAAGACCAAGCUAGCUCUUGUCUAUGCCAACAACACGGAGGAGGACAUCCUACUCCGCAAAGAAUUCGACGAGCUUGCCGCCAAGUAUCCCGAUCAAUUCAAGCGGAUCUUCACCGUGACCAAGCGAAGUUCCGACAGUGAUGGCACCGUCGAACAAGGCUACGUGACCAAACAGACCUUGGCCAAGGUGGUGCCCAAUAAGUUGAGCGGGACAUCCCACAAAGUCUUGGUAUCAGGGCCUCCUCCCAUGAUUGAGGCUGUGGCUGGUGCCAAAGGUGGCUUCGGAUGGACCCAAGGCAGCAUUGGAGGCAUUCUGGCUGAACUUGGCUACACCAAAGAGGAAGUCCACAAAUUCUAGAGGGGUGAUGGUUAGAUUGGGAUAGAGUGUCCUCUUCAAUGUGAAUACUACUACAAUCAACAAUUUGAUAAUCGGAUAGAACAAAUGACAGCCUUCUGGGAAGAUUGCUUGUACACUUUGAGACAUGUACGAGGGAAUGGAAACACAUAACUUGCUGC